AUGAUGCUGCUUAUGGCUGUGACGUCAUCAUUACUAAUUCUUGGAAUUUACAAGCAUGACAUCAGUCUUAUGUAUCCAACCAUAGCAGCUCGAUUACUUCUCAUAAUAUUCGUUCAGGUGUUUGGCGUGUCUACGGUGGUUGCACCGCAGGAAGUGCAGACAAGGUGGGAGAGGCUACAGGAGCAACAACAAGGAGAAGGGAAAGAAGGUGAUAAGGAGCACAAUGUGGCGCUACGAUUGGUGUUUCUCGUCUUCGCUAUGUUGUUCAUUACCGUAUUCGUGUUCUACUGCAUUUAUCUGGUGGUACGGUGCAUACAGUAUGAACGAUGCUAUUCUCGACUGAAAGAACGUCGAGAGUCGUUUAUUCAGGCUGGUAUGAUCGAUCCUAAUGGUGGCUCGCGUCGGACGUCCUCUUCUUGA